AAAAGGGGCAGUUGCCCAGCAGAGCCCGGGGCAGUGACACCGAGGAGCCCCCAGUGCAGGUAAGUACAAGAAGGGAGUUGCAAUCUGUAGCCGGACUUUCCUACAUCUGUUUCUUGUCUCUGGUUGCGACUGCCGAUACUACACACAGGAGAACAACAUGUCUGAGCCCCUCAUUAACGUCUCCCUGUAUCAUGUGCUGGGGGUCCUAAUUGUAUUAUAUGGGCACCUUGGCAUUGUUAAAGGGAGGGAGGUCUGUUAUAACCCCCUUGGGUGCUUCUCUGAUGAACAGCCCUGGUCUUGCACCCCAGAGAGGCCAUUGGCAGCUUUGCCCUGGAGCCCUGAGAAGAUUAAUACCCGUUUCUUCCUCCACACAAGGCAGAACCGCUGGCAACAUCAGAUAAUCAGUGCCCGGAAUCUUGCCAGCAUUAAAGCGUCAGCCUUUCGGACAAAUAGAAAUACUCACUUUAUUGUGCAUGGGAUGGGAGACAAAGCAGAGAAGAACUGGGUCCCGAAAAUGUGCAAGGCAAUUCUAGAGGAGGAAGAUGCCAACUGCAUUGGGGUAGACUGGCACGACGGCUCGGGGUGGAUAUUUAUUUACGUACAAGCUCUGAAUAACGCUCGUGUGGUUGGCGCAGAGGUCGCGUAUCUGUUAAAAGUGCUUUGGGAAAAUCUCCGCUACCCGGCGUCCAAAGUGCAUCUCAUUGGGCACAGCCUGGGGGCACACGUUGCAGGGGAGGUCGGCAGGAGGCAUCAAGGAAUAGCGAGAAUCACUGGCUUAGAUCCAGCCAGACAUUACUUUGAGAACGCCCCAGCGGAGGUCAGACUCGACUCAACAGACGCAGCCUUCGUAGAUGUGAUACACACUGACACGGGUCCACUUAUCGGACUCGGUAUAAUGAUGCCGAUUGGUCACCUCGAUUUUUACCCUAAUGGAGGCAAACGCAUGAUUGGCUGUCCCAACAAGCUGGUAUUGAUUGAGAGUGUGUUGUGCCAUCACCUCCGUGCCGUGGACUACUACCUUGAGAGUAUCAAGAGUCCAGAGGGAUUCCUGGGUUACCCAUGUGACAGCUACAACUCUUUCAGCUAUGGCUCCUGUUUCCCGUGUCCCAAGAGCGGGUGCAGCCUCAUGGGACACUUUUCCCAGUUGCCUCCGACACUCUCAGCCACACCCCAAAUAUUUUAUUUGAACACCGGUGGAAGUAUCUCCCGCCUCUCCAGAUGGAGAUAUAAAGUUUCAGUCACUUUAUAUGGAACAAGAACCUUCAAGGGACGGUUCUAUGUGAUUCUACCUGCAGCCAGAGGGGCCACAUGGGAAUAUGAAAUUGUAAGGAAUGGCCCCUCCUAUGGAAACACCUUUUCUGGAUUCAUUGACCUGGAACUGUCACUGGGUAGAAUGAACCACGUGACCUGCAAGUGGAAACCAAUCCUCUUAAACUUAUUUAGUCACCAGUUUGGGGCACAGCGGAUAGAGAUACAGAGCGGAAAGGACGGGAAGGUUGAGGAGCUGCAAUUAAAGGGGAAAUUAAUCCUGCAAAAAAGUGACCCCCCAGGAUGUCUGAUCUUGGCGUUAUAAGGAAAGAGAAGCUUCUCAGGCUCUGCAUUCUGUGGCAGUGGCACAGUGAGAGAAGGUGUUGUACAGAAGCUGACGCUUUGCUGAGACCCCACAGUCAUCACCUGCUUAUCAGUCCUAUAACCUCCGUGCUGGACUCACUAUGCCACCAACACGCUGCUCCCCCCAAUCAGCCCACCAUCAGGAACCACUUCCAUAACUCUAGGAACCCCAUCCAGUUUUCCAUUAUUCCUGAAUGGGACUGGGAAGCUGUAGGGGCCUGAAACCUGCUCCCAAAUGCACCAAAAUUCACUCCAAAUACCCAGUACAUGUAUUUAUAUGGCAAAAUAUAUAUCAGGGUAAUAAAUAAACCAGAAUUUAUCCCUUU